AUGACUCAGUCAUCUAAGGUAAUAGAACUUGUUCAGAAAUAUGGCCCAAAACGCUGGUCUGUUAUCGCAAAGCACUUAAAAGGCAGAAUAGGAAAACAAUGCCGGGAGCGAUGGCACAAUCAUCUGAAUCCUGAAGUUAAAAAAACUUCCUGGACUGAAGAAGAAGACAGAAUUAUAUAUCAAGCACAUAAAAGACUUGGAAAUAGAUGGGCAGAAAUUGCAAAGCUUCUUCCUGGAAGGACUGAUAACGCUAUCAAGAACCACUGGAAUUCGACAAUGCGUCGUAAAGUAGAGCAAGAGGGCUAUCUGCAGGAGUCUUCGAAAAUUAGUCAGCCAACAGUGACCACAAGUUUUCAAAAAAAUAAUCACAUCAUGGGUUUUGCCCAUACUCCUCCAUCUGCCCAAUUGCCAACUUCCCAACCCCAAGUAAAUGGUGACUAUGCAUAUUUUCACAUUCCUGAUCCACAAGAGAUUUCCAAUCAGAUGCCCUACCCAGUGGCUCUACAUAUGAACAUGGCCAAUAUUCCCCUACCAGGCACUGCAGCUAUUCAGAGGCACUAUAAUGAUGAAGAUCCUGAAAAAGAGAAAAGAAUAAAGGAAUUAGAGUUGCUACUAAUGUCGACUGAAAAUGAACUGAGAGGGCAGCAGGCAUUACCAACUCAAGCAGCAGACUACUCAGGUUGGAAUGGUACUGUCGUCAUUGAUAAUGCAGGAGUUCACAACAGCAGCGUGGCCAUUAGUUGCCUGGGAGAACAUCGGCAGCCAGCACAUCCACCUCACAUGGAACAUGGUUGCUUGCCAGAAGAAAGUGCAUCACCAGCAAGAUGCAUGAUUCAUUCUAAUGGAAUACUCUCACCAAUGAGAAGUGUUCCAAAUUCUGAAUACACAGAAACACUUCAACUCAUAGAUUCGUUUUUAAAUACAUCCACAAAUGAUCACCUAGAAAUGGAAUCACCUGCAUUAACUUCCACGCCAGUGUGCAAUCAAAAGACCAUUGUAACAACUCCACUACAUCGUGACCAAACACCUAAGCCUCAAAAAGAAAAUGAUGCUUUCAGAACUCCAAAUAUCAGACGUUCAAUAUUAGAAGGCUCACCUAGGACACCCACACCUUUUAAAAAUGCACUUGUUGCUCAGGAGAUUAAAUGUGGACCUUUGAAAAUGCUGGCAACAUCUCAUCUUGCAGAUGAGACUCAAGAUGUAAUUAAACAAGAGGCUAACGAAACUACAAUUAUAAGCAGUCUUCAUGAAAAUGGACAACCUCUUUUAAAGAAAAUUAAGCAAGAAGUGGAUUCUCCCGAUAAGAAAAUGAGAAAGUUCCUUACUUUGGCACCGUGGGAAAGGGAACACUUAAAUACUCAGCUUUUCUCACAGGGUCCUUUGGAAGAAGUACCUAUGCAAAAUAUCCUGACAAGUUCUGUAUUAAUGAUGCCUGUAUCAGAGAAGACUGAUGAUCUUCUUAACAAAGCAUUUGCAGCGCAAAUGAGCAAGCAAAUGGGCAGUUCUUUGCAGUUUUCCAAUACCUGGGAGGCUGUGGCAUGUGGGAAAACAGAAGACCAACUUAUUGUAACUGAGCAAGCACGCAAAUACAUGAACACCUUUUCUACUAGAACAUUAGUUAUGUAAUUUUUUUCCAACUAAGCAUUAAGAAGUAUUGAAACACAUUGUUGAGUCACAAUCCUCAUUUCUUCUUGUGAGCUUCCCCUCAAUGGAUGUAGAGCAAUGUUUUAUGACAAUAAUUCAAUGGCACAAAUUUCAUUCUUCACUAAGCACAUUUCUGUUGUUUGUCAGACUAGAAGGGUUGUAUUUCACCAGCCAAAAAGAUAAGUAUCACAGUUAUCUACAGUAAAAGAUGCUUGAAGUUACAAAAAUGAUUCCUUCUAUUUAAAAAAAAGAAUAAAUAUUUUCAGUUGUAGGCAGCAGACUGUAACAUAUCAGUAUUCUUUUUGUAUUGGGUGGCGGAAAAGCAAUUAGUUCUUGGAAGUACUUUGACUGAUGUAAUUUAAAUAUGUAAGUUAAUAAAUUAAAUGAAAUGCACUGUUGACAAAAUAGAGGUAUAGCAUUACUACAAACCAAAUUAGAUGAAAAAAAUCAAGCUUUUGAAGAUGUAAAAUUGAUAGGUUUGAAGUAUUGUUUUUGUUUGAUUUUUUUGGGCCUUGUUUUGUGCCAUAUAUAUUAUAUAUAAUAUACGUACAUGUAUAAUAUAUAUGUGCAUGUGUGUUUUUGUGUGUAGCUUGAAUAAUACUGAUACUGUAUGUAAAAACAAAGUUUUAUGUAUGAAACAUGUAUAUUUUAUCCAGUAAGUUAAUUUUGUAAAUGCCAAAUGGAUAAUGUGUUGUGCUGCUAAAGACUUUAGCAUGUAGACAUGCUGCAUGAAAUGGGCAGUAGAGUUAUCAGAGAAAAUGGUGUUAGUUGAUCAACAAUGCACUGGUAGCUAGUAUUUUUUUAAACCUAGCAUUUACAAAUACAAACUUUUGGGAAGUGAAAUGUUUUGUCUUAUUGUGACAAAAUGAAUAUGAUGCACCUUUUGUAUUUUGGGAGAACACUGAUACAUUCACUAAUUUUUUUAUUUCUUUUGUCCCAAUCAUUUCAUAUUUAACUCAAGACACUCUGGCCCAAAUGUUUUUCAAUGCAUUGAACAACUUCUGCAAGAAGUCUUGGCUUUGUUCUAUUGUCAUGUCCAACUCUUCUGGUAUACAUACACCGAACAUUUGGUUUUAAAACUAAAAUAGGUGAUUUUCAAAAUGUACUACCUUUAAUAUCAGCUUGGUGCAAAUUACCUGCACCAGUAUUUCGACUACCAUUGUAUAGCCA